UUCUAUGAUUUAGCGCAGUGAACGAAGCAAAAACAGUCCCGCAAACUGCAACUAAGCAGAGUAACAUUUAGAGUCCAGAUUUUGCGCGCAGCGUGUGACAGGGACAUUAAGACAAUAGAUUUCGGUGUGUGUGUGUAAGAGAGAGAGACACCAGCAGCGCGUCUAGAUCUAGGCUAAUAAGGUGGUCCCCCUGUCAGGCACCAAUUAAUUUAUCGGAGAGUAAAAUAGUUAGAGGGAGGACAGAGAGGAGUCAGCGGGGACUGUGGCGGCUCUGGAGAGCUGUCACUUUCUGUGUGUGUGUGUGUGUGUGUGUGUGUGUGUGCGCGGAGAGGGGAUUAUCAGCGCAGUUUUGGUGAUGCGUUCAGUCGGGAGAUGUGCAGCGGGCAGCAGUGAGCGUCAACCCGGUCAUUCAGCAUAAUCAGCGCAGGAGAAGGAGAUCCGGCUGGUUUGGGGGGGGGGCACCGUGUCUGCACAUCACAGGAUUUCGACUCAUUGUGUGUUUAUUUAUUUUGACGAAUGCUCAUUCAUUGGUACAGAGUGAAAGUCAAAGAUGCGCACCGCUGAACAAAGGAUUUAGGGGGAAACGAUCAAGUCAAAAACGAUCUCUUCCACAUUUUAAUCCUGACACCCGUUUGGACUUGUCAAGAAUCAUCUGGGCUGAUCGCGUAGAAGUCCAUUCUGCCUCUGAGGACAACGGACACUGAAUAACCGGGGUCCUCAAGCACCCAACCUGGAGGAAUCAUCUGGGCUGAUCGCGUACAAAUCCAUGUGGAUGGAGAGAGAAUACGCAAACACAGCGAGCGGAGCUCACUCCGAAAUGUGACAUUUUUAUUCCGUCUCCCAUUGUACCUGACAACUGUGCGUCUGCCUUCGUCCUCCAUCAGAUUUGUUUACAUCGAUUAAGAUAUGGCGUUCCUCCCGGUCCUGCUUCUGCUGCUGCUGACCGUUGCUCAUCGUGCCACCAGUCAAGACUCUGAGGACCCUGAGGCUCUCCCAAGAGGCUGUGGCUGGGGCCUUGUGCGUCCCUACACCCUCCUCUGUGACCUGGACUCUAUAUGGGGUGUGGCUGUCGAGUCAGUGGCUGCAGGGGGGGCGUUGACUGCCGUCUUGCUAGCCCUAGUCCUGCUGUGCCGUUUCCACCACAUCGGUGAGGCUGAGAAGCGCAGCGCCGUGGGACCCAUCUUCCUGCUGCUUCUCGGCAUCCUUGGCUUGUUCGGCCUGAGCUUUGCUUACCUGAUCGAGCAGGAUGAGUCUUUAUGUUUGCUCCGCAGGGCCCUGUGGGGUCUCCUGUUUGCCGUCUGCUUCUCCUGCUUGCUGGUGCAGGGUGUCCGCCUGCGCAGGCUUGGUCGUGAGCGCCGUAGCCCUGGUGGCUGCGCCCUAACAGGCCUUGCGCUGGGUUUGAGUGCUGUGCAGGGCAUCAUCGCCGCCGAGUGGCUACUUCUGACCGUGCUGAGGGAGGGACGAGCUGCCUGUCAGUACCUACCACUGGACUUCUCACUAGCCUGCAGCUACGUGCUAGCCCUCCUACUAGCCGCGCUGACUGCUGCCUCCCUGGCCCUGUGUGGGAAGACACGUCAGUGGCGCUGCAAUGCUAUCUGGCUGCUGGUGACCUGCCUGCUAUCGCUGCUGCUGUGGGUGGCCUGGGUGGGCUUCUAUCUUUAUGGCAACGCCUGGCUGGGGAGGUCCCCAGACUGGAAUGACCCAGCACUGGCCAUUGCUUUAGUGGCUCAGGGCUGGCUGCUGCUGAUCUUUCAUGCCAUUCCUGAAUCCCACAUCUGCCUGAGACCCCCUCCACAGCCCACUGCCCCAGAUUACUUUGACACCUCCCAGAACUCGACACGGAUGAGGGAGACCAGCUUCGACGAAGACAUCCCUCUCUCUCACAGGCAGUUUGUGGAGAACCAGGGCUACGGAUACAGCGAUGAGAAUACUGCAGGCUUGAGGAGCGGUAGCAGUGCCGGGCAACAUAACAGUAACACCGGCGCCAGGCCCAGCGCUCCUUUCCGCAGCAACGUCUACCAGCCCACCGAGAUGACCAUGAUCCUGAAUGGGGGAGCGGUGAGUACAUCCGCCCAGUCACAGGUUCCCUCUGCCCCUCCAACCUACACGGGGAGGCAGCUGUGGUGAGUGAGAGGAUUGGAAAGAAGAUGUGUGGUAGAAAAUGAAGAGAAGAAGAGGAUGGAGAGGAUGAGGAGGGAGGGGUCCAGGAUGAGGGGCCCGUCUGGUUGUACUGGACUUAAAACAUGGAUGCCAACAGGGCCCUUUCACUCUGUGUACAGACUUAAACAAUGACUGUGUGCCAAUCAACUAUUGUAUGAGUGUGUGUGAGACUGAGUGAAAGCAGGGUAUGGAGGACAGAGCUAAAGCUCUUCUAGCACACAAAUCUCUAUAGAUGGCUUGAGAAACUGAAAAUGUGACCAGCAAGUAGCAAAACAAAACACACGCUGACUCAGAUCUGAAAACAUCAACAUGCAGUAUUAUUUUUCUUUUUGUUUGAUUUGCUCCCCUGAGACUACAGCACUGUAAGCAUCCUUGAAAACUGUGAAAUCUAUCGCUUUUUCCUGCUCUCUCUCUCUUUCCUGUCAGUCAGGAUGUCUUUUUUCUGCUGCUCCUCACAAUGCUGGUGUUCAAGUGGAAACAUUUGGCUCUGUCCUCCAUCCAUCCACAGCGUAGAUGAAGACAGAGCACAUGGGCAACUGUACAGCUCGAACACCGCCCGCUUAAAAAGAAUCCAGCCUCUGUGGGUGUGUAUGUAGAGUAUAUGAGAGGAAAAUGUGUGUGUGUAGUAGUCCCUACACCUCAACUCUACCACUCCAAUAAACCUUUCCUUCUCCAGACUGUUACCCCUCUCCUUCCUCCCUCUCGAUCUCUGUUGCCAGUUUGCAUUUCUCUGCACCGUCUGUGAAUAUAACACAUAACUCUUCCCAUCUUGCCUCAUCCUCCCACCUGCAUGGACACUUUGCAAAAUGUGAAACAACCUGUAAAGCCUGAACUGCGGUCGGAAAAGAAGUUCCCAGUGACUGCGCACACAACAAAAGCAGCCUGGAGCACCUGAAUAGAGGGAUCACAAGCUAAUAAUGAAUUGCUGUUAGAUAUAUAUAUAUAUAUAUAUAUAUAUAUAUAUACGAUGUAGAGUGGAUACUGAUUGGACAAGGAGGGUGUCAGUCAUCAAUGGGGAGGCACCGCUUCAUGAAUCUAGGUCAGACUACUGUGUGCUGCUCUCCCACAUCUCUGGUGGCCACUGGCGGUUUGAACCAGCCAGGAGAAACUGUCACUUUAUAUCAGCAGGAAACGGAGCAAGGAAAUUAAAUGGUUCUCUUGUUCUUAGUUCCUCUAUCUGUGUUUAUGUGUGCGUACGUGAGUGUUGUGAUUUUAUGAGUGCCAGGAGUUGAAGGGGGGGGGGAUUCAAAGUCAGGGUUGCUUUCUGGUGCUAAAUAUUCCUCCGCAGGACUUCCCAGUGAGGCACAGAACUACAGGAACAACAGUGAUGCAGAUACAGUAGUCAAACUGUGAGUGACAGACUAUAUAUAGAGCUGUGGCUGGUGUGUGGAGAUAUCCUAGAGCCUUAGAAAGAUCAGAUUAACUGUGCAAGGUAGAAAGAGGGAGAUCAAACGGAUGGGAAGAGCGAGGAGGAAGGAGAUAGCGAGAGGCGGUCCGAGGGGAGUCUAUGCGACAGUGAAAUCUCUGUGACUUCCUUCAGUCAGUCCGAUCUGUGUGAGAAAAUGGCUCCCUGGUCUGUCUGUCUGUCUGUCUGUGUGUGUGUUUGUGCGUGAUGUGGGGGCGGCCCAUGCUGCUCUGCUCUAUGUGGUUGUCUUCUUCAUCUGGUAAAGCAUCUCUCCCUCCUCCUCCUCGUCAUCCUCCUCCUGUCUCUCUGUGGUCCGCUAUAACUCAAGUCCCCGUGCCAAGAAGGACUCUUGUUUCACCGGAGUCUCCGUUUCACGCCCUUUUCCUUCAUUGUGACACCAGCUCUCUCUCUCUUCACUUGAGAAGCUGUGUACAUAGUAGUGCUGUAAAGCUUUGCUUGCUUGUUUACUGUCUUUUUUUUAACUGUAGGCUGAGUUUAGACACCAGUGUCAUAUGACUGACUACUGCAAACUGUUGUUAUGUGGGGAUUUUUUUUAAACUGGUUUGCUUUGUGUUCAUACAUUUGCUUAUUGUUACAUUAUGCUUUUAUUUUUCUCUUGCUGGUGUCUUUUAUUUUUUUAAACUAGCAUUUUGGAACAGUUUUGCCAACACUAGAUAUGCUUUACUUUUUUUGUUUGAUUAAUGUUCAAGGAAAUGAUAUGAGUCAUCAUUUGAGAGUGGUCCACUCUUUGCUGUAACAGUUAUGGGGAUACAAACACUCUUUUUUUAUUUUUUCAGAAAAAUGACAAUGGCUGUGAAUAACUUUUGGCACUUCAUGCAGUAAACAAUGACUUAUUUGGUGAUACUUUAGGGAUAAUUAUUAAAAAACAGAGCAGGGAGGGCUGAAAAAACUAACUUCAAGACCACCAACAGUCAUUUUGGUGAUCCCUGGUCUUACAACAACCAUUGACUAAGAAAAGACUAAAGAUCAACCCUUGACUGCUGCUGUAUGUUUAUGUCUUACCCCACUGGCUAUUCUAAAAUAGGACUGGCUCCAGCAGGCCAGCUCCAUGCCCAAAGAGAGCGUGUCCCGCUACGUCAGGCUCUGUUUGGACCGACCUUGGUCAGAAACAGGCAACGGACCCCAGAUCCGUGCGUCGUAGCCCGACGAAGAAGAACUGUCCUCAGGGUUUUGGAUUUGAACACUUGAGUCUCAACACUCAGAGCGGAGGGGGGUUCAGUUCUUAUGAUGAAUUCACUCAAUAUGGAAAAGAAAAAAAAGGAAAAAGAAUAACAACAUGUGACUUUGUAGAUUUUGCACUUGUCAACUACCUAUCUGUGCAUGCUUAUCACCAUUUCUACAUGUUAAGACCUUUCUCAGACGUACUUUUGAAUACUAACUCUAUUUAUGUAAGGGUCAUGUGACAGCAAUCAUAAUUUCAGUGUAUAUCAGAUGACACACUUAAUGUCUGUGCUUUCUUGAACACAAAAGAGAGCUGGCUCUUGAGAAGCAAAGAGAUUAAAGUCAGGGGAAAAUGGUCCAAAAUAGUAUGAUUCCCCAAAAAGGAACAAAAUGCCAUCAUCAUUGGACCUAAUAAUAACUUCCUCUGUUAGUUUGAAGAGAGAGAAAAAAGAGAAUCUUCUGACUAUCGUCUCUGUGUUUAAAAUAAAAUAGACUGUGGUGAAAUUUGCACAAAACUUCUAUAUGUUAAGUUUGUCAUCCCUGGGCAGCCCACUGAACACCCAUUCUCCCUGGGUUUGACAUGUCCUUGCCUGUCCUCUCCUGAUUUGUCUUGCCUUCAGACUGACAGGGGUGAUAUUGGUUUUCACAGCUGUGACUGUGCAGUGACGCAGCAUGCCUAUGUAUAGAACUUUAUUCCCCUGAUUAGAAAAAGAAAAAAACAGUUAACUCUCUUGUUUCUGUAACUGAAUCAGGAAAAAAAAAAGUUCAAUAAAAGUGUCAUGUUUGUAGUUAACUUUUAA